UCCCGCCCUCCCCGUCGUCAGAAUCCCAGCAUUCCGCUCCGUAUAAGCGGCGCGCUGACGUCAGCACGUCCCUUCACUUCCCGCUGCCCGGGUGCGGGGCAAGAUGGUUAAUGUGCCGAAGACCCGCAGGACGUACUGCAAGAAAUGCCGCAAGCACCAGCCGCAUAAAGUGACCCAGUACAAGAAAGGAAAGGACUCGUUAUACGCCCAGGGUAAGCGGCGUUACGACAGGAAGCAGAGUGGUUAUGGUGGACAGACUAAACCUAUUUUCCGUAAAAAGGCCAAGACGACCAAGAAGAUCGUGCUGAGGCUGGAGUGUGUGGAGCCCAACUGCCGCUCCAAGAGGAUGCUGGCCAUCAAACGGUGCAAGCACUUUGAGCUGGGAGGAGACAAGAAGAGAAAGGGCCAAGUCAUCCAGUUCUAAAUUGCAUCCUCUGGUUUGUUGAGUUCACCGUCACAAUAAAAGUCCUGUCUGUUG